UUCUACUGCUGCCUCUCAAAAUGCCGUUAAGCCUCCAGAUGAACUGAAGAAAGAAAAUUCACUUUGAAAAGAAAUUUUCAGAGAUAUCAAACAGUGGAUUGCAGUUGAGUCUGUACCUGAAGUGACUUGAUCUUGAUGAGCAAAAAAUGGCAUGUUUUCACAGGUUUGAAGAGCCCCAGACCAUGUCUUUGUGGACUUUUGUAUAUGCCAUGGAUUGGGGAUGAAACAGGCUGUGGUCACACACUGGGAAGGUGGCUAUGGGAUGGAUGCGAACAAGAAAAACAAGCGAGAAGGGAGCGAGGUCACUGAAAGACUUAUCACUGAAACAGUAACUGCAAGACUGACAUCCUUACCACCAAAAGGGGGGACCAGCAAUGGCUACACUAAGACGGGCUCGCUUGGCGGAGGGAGCCGACAGGAGAAGCAAAGCCUGAUUCACGGCAGCAGCAGCUACAUCAACUCAAGUGGAAGCCUCCGCGGCAGCACCUCCACUUCCAGCUACAGGAGGGCCCAUUCAUCCGCCUCCACUCGGCCCGACUCCCCAGGCUCCACCUUUGAGAGGAAAGCGCACAUGACCCGCCAUGGGACCUAUGAAGGCAGCUCCAGCGGCAACUCCUCUCCCGAGUACCCGCGGAAGGAAUUUGCCUCUUCUGCCACCAGAGGACGGAGCCAAACACGAGAGAGCGAAAUCCGAGUUCGACUACAGAGUGCAUCUCCAUCCACCAGGUGGACAGAACUGGACGACGUGAAGCGUUUGCUCAAGGGCAGCCGGUCUGCGAGUGCCAGUCCCACCCGGAAUUCUUCCAACACACUUCCCAUCCCCAAGAAGGGCACUGUGGAGACCAAGACGGUGACGGCAAGCUCCCAAUCGGUGUCGGGCACCUAUGACACGACCAUCCUGGACGCCAACCUUCCCUCGCACAUGUGGUCCUCCACGCUGCCUGCGGGCUCCUCCCUCGGGACCUACCACAACAACAUCACCACCCAGAGCUCCUCCCUCCUCAACACCAAUGCCUACUCAGCAGGCUCAGUCUUUGGAGUUCCAAAUAACAUGGCGUCCUGCUCUCCCACCCUGCACGCUGGACUCAGCAGCUGCUCCUCAGUGUUUGGCGUGCAGAACAACCUGGCCCCCAGCUCUUCCACUCUGCCCCAUGGCACAGCCACCACCUCCACAACAUAUGGCAUGAAAAAAAAUAUGCCCCAGAGCUCUGCUGUGGCGAGCACUGCUGUGUCCACCUCUGCAGCAUGCACCACGAGGGUCCAGAGUGAGGAGCAGCUACACAGAGACUGCAAGUUCCUGCUCAUGGAGAAGGACAACGUGCCCACCAAGAAGGAUGUAGAGCUGCUGGUCAUGUCCAAGGACAGCGGCAAGGUCUUCCCUGCCACGCCCACCGGCGUCACAGCCACUUCCUUUUCAGAAGACACUCUGAAGAAAGAAAAGCAGGCUGCCUAUGCUGCCGACGCCUGCCUGAAGGCUGAAGCUAACGGAGACUUGAAGACGGUGUCCACAAAGGGCAAGGACGACUUCGCAAAAAUCCACGGUUAUGACCAUGGCGGUGGCCGAGGUGGUGGCGGAGGCGGCGGCAGCAGCAGCGGGGGACAGUGGGGUGCGGCGCCAGCCUGGUGCCCGUGUGGCACCAGUUGCAGCUGGUGGAAAUGGCUGCUGGGCCUGCUGCUCACCUGGCUGCUGCUCCUGGGGCUGCUCUUUGGCCUCAUCGCUCUGGGUGAGGAGGUGAGAAAGCUGCGGGCCCGCGUGGAUGAGCUGGAGAGGAUGCGGGGCAGCAUGAUAUUGCACGGGGAGACCCUGGAGAAGAGCAGCAAGGAUCGCCUGCUGGCAGCACCAGGCAUGGGCACAGGCAUGGGCAAGACGGGACUGGACAGCUCCAGCCAGGAGGCACUCUGGCUGUUUGUGCGGAACAAGCUGUUGCUGGAGCAGGAGAACGGAAACCUCCGGGGAAACCCUGGCCCUAAAGGUGACAUGGGAAGUCAAGGCCCUAAAGGAGACCGCGGGCUUCCUGGGGCUCCAGGCACCCCUGGGCCCUUGGGUCUCCGUGGCCCAGAAGGACCAAAGGGGCAAAAAGGCAGCGUGGGAGAACCCGGCAUGGAAGGCCCCAUGGGCCAGAGAGGGCGAGAGGGCCCCAUGGGGCCACGUGGGGAACCAGGACUUCCUGGGUUUGGAGAGAAAGGAGAGAGAGGGGCUGCUGGUGAACCAGGUCCUCAUGGCCCCCCAGGAGUCCCAGGUUCUGUGGGUCCAAAAGGUUCCAGCGGCUCUCCUGGGCCUCAGGGGCCCCCAGGUGCCAUCGGCAUCCAGGGGCUCCGAGGUGAAGUGGGACUUCCUGGUGUCAAAGGUGACAGAGGUUCUGUGGGACCACCUGGACCCAAAGGUGACCAGGGUGAGAAGGGAUCACGAGGCCUCACAGGCGAGCCUGGCAUGAGAGGUCUGCCUGGUGCCGUGGGUGAGCCCGGGGCCAAAGGAGCCAUGGGCCCCGCUGGUCCUGAUGGAAACCAAGGCCCACGAGGUGAACAAGGCCUGAUGGGGAUGCCAGGAUCCCGUGGCCCACCAGGACCUUCUGGAGACCCAGGAAAGCCAGGUGUGACAGGACCCCAGGGCCCUCAGGGGCUCCCAGGGACACCCGGCCGGCCAGGCACUAAAGGUGAACCUGGUGCUCCAGGCAGGAUCGUGACUUCAGAGGGGUCAUCGACCAUCACUGUCCCAGGCCCCCCAGGACCUCCUGGUGCCAUGGGACCCCCAGGACCUCCAGGUUCUCCAGGCCCUACUGGUCCUGCUGGCAUCCCUGGACAGCAAGGCCCGCGAGGGGAGCCCGGCCUGGCCGGGGAGUCCUUCACGAGCAGCAGCUCCAUCUCCGAAUUCCUCUCCACGCAAGGCCUGGAUUUACGAGGGCCCCCAGGCCCGCCUGGACCACGUGGGCCGCCAGGACCUUCCAUCCCAGGCCCCCCAGGACCCCGAGGCCCACCAGGGGAAGGCAUGCCAGGCCCCCCAGGCCCCCCAGGAUCUUUGCUGGCCGACUCAGAAACCUUCUACUCUGGCCCUCCUGGCCCACCUGGCCCUCCAGGGCCCAAGGGAGACCAAGGUCCUCCUGGCCCCAGAGGACAUCCAGCGUCUAGUUCUCUUGGAGUCGAUCUGCAGGGACGGCCAGGCCCACCAGGCCCACAGGGACCCAAAGGUGACAAAGGUGAUCCUGGUGUUCCUGGUGUUCCCUCGCGAGGGGGAUCAUCGAGCACCAUGUACAUGCAGGGCCCACCUGGCCCACCUGGGCCCCCCGGGCCUCCCGGCUCCCUCAGCAACUCCGGCCGUGAGAUUCAGCAGUUCCUGUCCGAGUACCUGCAGAGUGACAGCAUUAGGACUUACCUUUCUGGAGUCCAGGGUCCCCCUGGCCCGCCUGGCCCCCCAGGGCCUAUCACCACCAUCACGGGUGAGACCUUCGACUACUCGGCACUGGCGAGCCUCGUCGUGAGCUACCUGAAGACUUCUGGGUACAGCCUCAGCUCAUCCUCGGGCGCCAUCUCUUCUGAGGACAUCCUGGUGGCACUGCAGCGGGACGAUGUGCGUCAGUACCUGCGCCAGUUCCUGACGGGCCCUCGGGGUCCCCCGGGGCCUCCAGGAGCCAGUGGUGAUGGGUCCCUGCAGUCAUUGGACUACGCAGAGCUGAGCAACCGCAUUCUCAGCUACCUGUCCAGCUCUGGGAUCAGCAUUGGCCUUCCUGGGCCCCCCGGACCCCCAGGCCUGCCAGGAACAUCCUAUGAGGAGCUCCUCUCCCUGCUCCGAGGGUCUGAAUUCAGAGGCAUCGUCGGCCCCCCAGGCCCUCCAGGACCCCCAGGGAUCCCAGGCAAUGCAUGGUCCAGCAUCAGUGUGGAGGACCUCUCCUCUUACUUGCACACUGCCGGCUUCUCCUCCAUCCCAGGCCCUCCCGGUCCUCCUGGGCCUCCAGGGCCUCGAGGGCCCCCAGGGGUCUCCGCAGCUCUGGCCACCUAUGCAGCCGAGAACAGCGACAGCUUCCGGAGUGAGCUGAUUAGCUACCUCACAAGUCCUGAUGUUCGCAGCUUCAUCGUGGGCCCCCCAGGCCCUCCAGGGCCGCAGGGACCGCCUGGGGACAGCCGCCUGCUGUCGCUGGAUGACGCCUACAGCCGGAGAAGCAGCUCCUCCUCACACAGCUCAGCUGCCCGGCGGGGCUCCUCCUACAGCUCUUCGAUGGGGGGUUCCCUGGGUGAAGGGGGAGCCUUCAGUGCAGGCGACGGGGGCCCCUAUGGCACCGACUUCGACACAGACGGAGGCUUUGAGGCAGCAGCAGAGGGCGGCAUGUACGGUGGAUCCUUACGGGCUGGGUUUGCUGGAGACCUGGAUUACAACGAACUGGCUGUCCGUGUGUCCGAGAGCCUGCAGCGUCAAGGCCUGCUGCAAGGGAUGGCCUACACUGUCCAGGGCCCACCAGGUCGGCCUGGGCCCCAAGGGCCCCCUGGCAUCAGCAAGGUCUUCUCUGCCUAUAGCAACGUGACUGAAGACCUCAUGGACUUCUUCCGCACUUAUGGGACCAUUCCAGGACCCCCUGGGCAGAAAGGAGAGGUGGGCAUCCCAGGACCCAAAGGCGACAGAGGUGCUGCAGGACCAAGAGGUCCCUCUGGGCCACCUGGCCCUCGAGGGCACAAGGGAGAAAAAGGAGACAAAGGUGACCAAGUCUAUGCUGGGCGGAGGAGGAGAAGCAUCGCCCCCAGGCCGUGAGCUAGCCUUGGCAGAGGAGGCUCCAUCGCAUUCUCUCAAGCACAAAGCUGAUGUCUACCCUGGCCAAGAACCACCAGCAACAGCUGUAGUCUGA